UUAGAUCAAGGACGUCUUAUCAGAUUCUCAGGACUCCGACACCAACUCACUUUCACCAAACGAACCUCAUCCAUUUCGGAUCCCGAAAGAACUUUUCCGUUUGGUCGAUUUCAUCAGUCUGCAUUUGAGUGAACCGGAGCUGUUUCGUCAGUCCGGACAGUACGACGACGUCCGUGUGAUUCGAGAUAUGUUGGACACCACUACUUGGAACGUUUCAUUCCCUGAUACCGUUUCAGUGCACUCCGCCGCGUUCUGUUUGUUAAUUUUUCUCAACACACUGACCGAGGCAGUGAUCCCUCAGAAGUUUCAAGCGCAGUGCCUGGAAGCUGCCGGUAGCUACUCAUCUGCAAUCAAGGCUUUAGCGCAUAUACCCGUGGAUCAUCAGAAUUUGUUUUACUAUCUUACUGCUUUUCUACGCAGUUGUCUGGCGCUCAGUGAGAAAAACGGGACCGAUGUGCAGUUGUUAGCCAGUUCUUUCGGAGACGUGGUUUUUCGGGACUCGCUCGCCUCCAAGAAAGUCGCACGUUCUUUCCCUACACCACCUGUACGUAUGGAGAACACGGCUCUGUUCAUGCGCCAUUUUCUUAACAACGGUCCGGCCGCAAUGUUCGGGGGACUUUCGUGA